GUUGUUGAUUCGUACCCAGUCCGAACUGAGCCGGGAGCGGGUACGGAGCGGCCGCUGAAGGGCCGCCGCUGUCGGGGCUCAGCCGUCAGCGCUGCCUGCCUGCCGGCUGGGCGGACCGGACCCUGGAGGCCCGGGGGGCCCAGCCCCCGGGGGGGAGCCGCGGCCGUCAGCUGCCAGGGCCCCGCGGGGUGCCUUGUACUACAUGCCCUUCUGCUGCCUCCUUGCAUAUACCUACCCAAAGACACACACAGUUCAAAUACUUCAGAGGAAGGAUUAAGGCAAGCAGAAUCAGAACGUUGGCUUUCAACUAGCCGGGUCUUUCAUCACACUCUUCCCUUGCGGCCCAUGCGCUGCUCCCUUUGCCCUCAUCGUGCGACUGGCCCCAAACGCAAUGUGUGUUUGUCAAACCAUGGAAGUGGGGAAGUACGGCAAGAACGCGAGUCGAGCUGGAGACCGGGGAGUCCUCCUGGAGCCCUUCAUCCACCAGGUGGGCGGGCACAGCAGCAUGAUGCGCUACGAUGACCACACCGUGUGCAAGCCCCUCAUUUCCCGGGAGCAGCGCUUCUACGAGUCUCUCCCUCCGGAAAUGAAGGAAUUCACCCCUGAAUACAAAGGUGUUGUGUCUGUCUGUUUCGAAGGGGACAGCGAUGGCUACAUUAACCUGGUGGCCUAUCCUUAUGUGGAAAGUGAAGCUCUGGAGCAAGACGACCCACCAGAGCGUGAGCAGCCCCGACGCAAGCAUUCUCGCCGAAGCCUUCAUCGCUCAGGCAGCGGCAGUGAACACAAGGAUGAACGGGCAGGGCUGGUCCCAGAGAGCUCUGAUAGCAUCUCACAGGAGUUGAAGAGCCCCAAGGUGGAGCUGCACAUCCACUCAGAUGUCCCCUUCCAGAUGCUUGAUGGGAACAGUGGCCUGAGCUCAGAAAAAAUCAGCUACAACCCCUGGAGCCUGCGCUGCCACAAGCAGCAGCUGAGCCGGAUGCGCUCUGAGUCUAAGGAAAGGAAGCUCUACAAGUUCCUCUUGCUGGAGAAUGUGGUGCAUCACUUCAAGUUCCCCUGUGUGUUAGAUCUGAAGAUGGGGACCAGGCAGCACGGCGAUGAUGCCUCCGAGGAGAAGGCUGCCCGGCAGAUGAGGAAGUGUGAACAGAGCACCUCCGCCACCCUGGGCGUCCGAGUCUGUGGAAUGCAGGUGUUUCAGCUGGACACAGGGCAUUACUUGUGCAGGAAUAAAUACUAUGGUCGUGGGCUCUCAAUCGAAGGCUUCCGCAAUGCUCUAUACCAGUAUCUCCACAAUGGCCUGGACCUCCGGAGAGAUCUAUUUGAGCCCAUCUUGAGCAAACUUCGGGGUUUGAAGUCUGUGCUGGAGAGGCAGGCCUCUUACCGAUUUUACUCCAGCUCUCUCCUCAUCAUUUACGAUGGGAAGGAGUGCAGGGCGGAUAUGCGCUCGAAGAAUGUGGACUCGGGGCUCCCUGAGACGAUGCCUGAUGGCACCAGCCCUAGCACCAGCCCCGAGACAUCUCCCUCUGCCACACCCAAGGUGGACGUCCGCAUGAUUGACUUUGCACACAGCACGUUCAAGGGCUUUCGGGAUGACCCUACUGUGCACGAUGGUCCCGACAAGGGCUACAUGUUUGGCCUAGAAAGCCUCAUCACCAUCAUGGAGCAGAUGCGGGAAGAAAACCAGUAGUGUCCUACGCUGGGCUCCCCGUAUCAGUCACUGCCCAGAGCCCUUUUCCCUCUACCCACAGGCAGGGACCACCCACUCUGAACUCACCACAGAGGGCAGACAAGACAGACUUUGGUUUUAAAGGGUUAUAUUUCUCUUUGGUGUAAACUAAAAGAAAUGAUUUUAGCUGUAGCCUGGAAUACAUAUAUAUAAAAGUGAAGGAGAGAGAGGAGAAAGCAGAAGAUGUGCUCAGCCAUUUUAUUAACAUGUGGCUUUGAUGACUUUGUCCAGGCUGGCUUAGGAAGAGGAUCUCUGAAUGUUUUGGCCUUGGUGAGACUGUCAGCUGCUCUGGCCUUUUUAGUUCACAGGCUUCUGCCUGGUUUGUGGCCAAAAGGAGGCUUCAGGCGGGGGCCAGGGACCACAAGGCUCUUUAGACUCCACUGAUCCUUUCACUGACUCACUUGAAGCCUCAAGCUGGGGGAGCAGUUGAGAGCAGGAGCCUGACUGAAGGGCAGGCUUUUCAGUCAGGCACUCCAGCCCCUAGGCUCUUGCAUGUCACUUAUUCCUGAGAGGCUCUGGGGGUCACCAGACUUACCUGUAGCAGGUGGGGAAAAGCAAGAGGGACUCUGGGUAGCAAAUAACCUGGUGUGAGCUUUCUCUUGUGUCUGUGGACAACAAAGAGAAAUGACUAAGAGAAAGAGAAUGUGUGUGUGUGUUUUUCAGCAUCCUAGCAGGGAUGGGGAAAAACAGCCAGCAAGACUUCUCUGGUAAGCCAGGUUGCCUGAAGAGAUAGUCUUGGAACUACACUUCCCUUCUCCCUGCCCCGCCCCUCCGCUUCCCCCCUCUCCCCCCCCCCCCCAGCUACUUGCUGCUGCUUCUGCUGUUUCUUGCCUGUUAAAAUUGAGCUGCAAGAGACUGAACUAAGCCAUUGGAAGAUGGGAUGGGGAAGAUAACAGGUUUGUGGAGUUGGACUGGUAGCUAAAACAAGCCAGGUGAGCACGGAACACAGGAACUUAGCAAAGGCCAGCCUUAGCAAGCAUUUGGCUUCCUCUGGCCCCCCUGGUACCCCUAGUUGAACCCUACCCCACUUCCUACCACCUGGUAGCAUGCACCCAGACUCCAGCAGCAUGAGAAGUGUUUCCUUCACAAACCUAGAGGAGUGAAUUUUGUUCCUAUUUUCCCCUACUUCCUCCCCCCUCUUCCCCUCCCCCAGCAGAUUAUUUUUUGGGCACUAGGAGGUGGGUGGGGAGGGGGUGGAGUAUGGAUCAUGACCAGGGCUGCUUAUAGCCAUCAACUUCCCUUAGUGGUUGGCCAAGCCUAGAUGUGGGGGCUGGAGACUUGUUGGUUUAGGGCAAAGAAGGAAGUCACUUAAAUCUCUCAAGAUUUCUAAGAUCUCCAGCCUUGGCUGCCAUAUUGCUUCUUGGAGCCCGAGAUUCUGUAAAACUGUGAGGUGUCAUGUGGUCUGUGUCUCCUGCUCCAGGUGUGGCUUGGUCAGGAGCAGCAGGACUCACUUGACAAAUAAAACCAGAACACAGAACCUGGAAGUGCCGGCCUUGGAAACAAGCAGCUUGGGCUGCAGGCCCAGAGCCGUGGCCGGUUCUGACUUCUUUGUGGUGCGUGCUGAAUUUUAAGAAAAGGGAGAAUGUCGAGAGUGAUAUUUGAGGGUUCUUUUGUCUCCACCUGGGCCAGCUCCCAGGUUUGUUCCUAGGUAUGGGCUGCCCUGUGCAUUGAUGAUGGUGGCUGGCUUUGUUUUCCCCACUGACCUUCACUCCUUUGUUAAUAAAGCUUUUCCUCCAUACGCCCUUCUCAAGCAGCUACUAAGUGAGGUUCUUCCCUUGGAGUUGGACUCUUUGUAGAUGCUGAAGUUUCUGGAGGAAGUGGAUUAAGUUGUAGGAAGUACCAGGGUGGUGGGCUCUUCCUCACCAGUCAGUGCACAAUGGCUAGCAUAAUCCAAGGGAGGUGGCUGGAGGGAAGGCACAGAGAAAGCUCGGAGCUUAGUUUUCUGGGUUCCAAAGGAGCUUUGGAUGUUGGCCCAGCCCUGGCCUCUCUCCUGGCACCUGUGGGAAGGGCCAGAACAGAGGGUGCUCAAGAGGCUGUUUGCCAUGCCUUUUCUGUCUAUUUUCGCCCUGGCUCUCAGGUCUGAAGCCUAAGACUAGUCUUGAGAAGUGACCCACCAUAUUGGGCCUGAAAGCCCCAGGAGUGUCAAGCCAACCUGGAUCCCCAGUCUCCCAGGGGCUGUCAGUGAUGCUGCCAGUCUGGACAGCUCAGUGAGGACAAACUGUUCCAUGCUCCUAGGCUCAAGAGGGACUGAGAAGCAUGCGUGUGCACGAGAGAGCUGUGUGUAUGAUAUCUUUAACUUCAUCUUCCUGUAGGGAACUCAGCAUGUAUCAUUGUUACCUUAUGUCUCUCCUGGCUUCAGCGUGGAAAGGGAGCUGAGCCAUCUCUAGAUGAGACCAGGAAAUGAGAUGGUCUCUUCCUUUUUAGACAUCCAGGCGCUACAUCUGUAAUUUGGCCCUGGAGCUAUGAGAGUUUCCCUCAGAGGUAGGCUGGCCUCUAUAUCUGGACCUUGGGGUGAGCCCUAGGCCAGAACGGACUUUGAUGUUAAAAUGCCAUUGCCUGGUUUAACCCAGUGAUCCCACCUUCUGGUGAUGACCCACUUCUCCCUUAUGUUUUGCUCUGGCCUCCUCUAUGGGAGAUAGGUGCCUUUUAAGAGCAGACAGUGUUCAUUCCCAGUGCUAUGCAGAGGAGGUGUUUGGGUGAUUGUGCAGCAUACCUGCUUUAGCUUUUCCAUGCCUGGCUGGAGCAAUCAGUGUUUCAGGGACCGUGGGACAGUGUCCCUCCAUUUUGAGCCCAGCUGCGCCUUGCUGAGGAUGAAUAGGCUGUGCCUACUUAGUAUUUCUGGGCCCCAGUAUUCCCGAGCUGGGCCCUAUGGAUAUGUAACAAUGGCAGAUGAUAAGGUUGGCCUUAGAGCAGGGAACAACUUGAGGAGGUGGCCACCAUAGAAGUGUGUUAGAUUUCUAAGGACGACGUUUUCAGACCACGUGCCCCGCUCACGGGCACUGGCUAUGCCCAGUUCCACAUGGAUGGGGAUGGUGUUUUUUGCUUGCCCAGAAAUGACUAGUAAAAGCCAACUGUCAGACUUAAUAGAGCGUACCAGGACACUCUUUGGCCAAAACGUCAAGGGGGAGGGGCCAUAAAAGAGAUGGCUCCCAUCCAGGGGCGCUGGGCAGUGGACAUUUUGGAGUUGAUGGGCCCUUCGCCAUCCUUCCUCCUGCCCAUACAUCCCAUCCAGUGGCCUGCAUCUUGGAGAUGUAGCCAACUUGGAGGGAGGGGCUGUGUGAUCCCAGCACUGGACCAAAGAGAGGGAUGGCAAGGGAGCCUCGCACACACAGGUGCUUGUGUUUGAAAUCUCUGUACAGUAUUUACAGGGGGCCAAUGAGGAAGCACUAGCCACUUGCAAAAAAUGGUCCAUGGGAAUGGACCAGGGAGGGCUGGGACUCCCCAAGAACCAUAGAACAUUGCUUUGCCAUAUGAGGAUAUUCUGAUAGGUUUCUGUUUCCAUGAGGGGAGCACUGCUUGCUUUGCUUGUGGGAGAGUUGGCAAGAUCCUCCCCAUCUCCCACUGCUCUUCCUGGAAGGAUAAGGACAAUCAGCCAUGUCAGUCCUGCUGACAUAGAAGAAAACUCUCUACUCGUCCAGUCUCCUCCUGCAUAGUGGCAUUAUUAUGUUUGUCUUCUGGCAUUUUUCUGGAUAUCUUUAGUUUUCUCUGGAACUUAUUUAGGGGCAUGAUUGUAACAGUGUCUGUAUUCACCCCGCACUGUUCCCUUGCCUUCUGUCUAAAAGUCAUGUAUAUAAAAAUAAAGUCACCUAGAAAUGUA